AUGAGCUUUCUCAGCAUGAGAGAGUGGUGGACCAAGCCUGAAAAUUUCAAUGCCCCAUUGGUCUUUUACCUGGAAGAGGAGCUGGAGGAGAAGAUAUUCGGGCAGGGGGACAGAUACCUCCGCUGCAUAGAGGAGCUCAGCCACACCCUCAUUCAGCUGGAGUCCUGGUUCACAGUCACAGGCCACACCCGAGUCACUGUGGUGGGCCCACCUCUGGCCAGGCAGUGGCUCAUGGGCAUGAUAUGGCUUUUGGAGCACAGGAGCUUUCACUAUCAAGCUGGAGGCUACCAGAUGCUGCAAAGUGUCUGGAGCCAGCCCCUAACCAAGAAGGACUUGGCUGCCAGUCUCAGUGUGCAGCUUGACUCCUUGGUAGUGAAAGGCUAUCAGAAUGAGUGA